CCAGGGGCCGAAGGGUCCAGAGAGAGAAGCCCGCCCUAGGGAGCCUUGGGGGGCCCCCAACCCCGUUUUGGGGCUUGGCCCCCGACGCUGCUUGGAGGGAAGGCCGGUGCCCUCACCCUCGGGGGCUGCCCUCUUCCAAUCCAGCUCCCUCCCCAGAGCUGCCCAUAACUGGAGCCCCCUCCACAUCUGGAAGACCCUGGCCACCAUCCCUCUGCAGGUGUCAGUUGCAUCCAGAGACCUCUGCCUUUGCAACUGCCUAGGAGUUGUGAGGGGAUCCCUUCUGCCUUCCCCCAUCCCAAGGGCAUCUCCUACCCUUAGUCCCUGCAGAGUCAUCCCCCUGCCUCUUUGUUCAAGCUCAGGCAGAGAUCAGCUCUGCACACCCACAGGCACUUCAAGUCCUGGAGGCCACUCCUGGGACCCAAGGUCCCUCCCCCUGCCCUCCUGUGUCCUCACCUUGACCCCCUCUGCCAGACUCUGUCUCCCUCUGGGUGUCCCACUCCCCACCCAGAGGCAGAGGAGGCGGGGUGGCAGGGGGCAGGGGCUGGUUGAGGGCCGCCCAGGGCCAGGGUGGGCUGGGGGGCCGUUAAGAUGUGGAGCUCUGCCCAGCCGACGACGGGGGCUCCGUGGAGGCAGACACAGCGUGUGCCCAGCUGGGGGGAGUAUGGGCAGGCCUGCGGCCACGUGGUAAACGAUGAACAUUCGGGGGGCCCCGGACCUCGGGCAGCCCAGUGACGACCCCAGCAGUGGUGGUGAGCGGGAGCGGAUUCGACAGCGCAUGAAGAUGGUCAUCGGGCAGCUUGAGGGCAUCCUUCGCGAGCUCAAGGAGGUGGCCAAGGAGCUGAGGGAGGUGGUGAGCCAGAUCGAUAAGCUAACCUCAGACUUCGACUUUGAACUGGAGCCGGACGACUGGACCACGGCCACUGUGAGCAGCACCUCUAGCAGUGACAAGGCGGGCGUGGGCGGCCCCUUUGACCUGGGCCACCUGGACUUCAUGACAGCCGAUAUCCUCUCAGACAGCUGGGAGUUCUGCUCCUUCCUGGACGUCUCAACCCCCUCGGACUCCGUGGACGGUCCUGAGUCAACUCGGCCAGGGGCUGGCCCUGACUACCGCUUCAUGAAUGGUGGCACGCCCAUCCCCAAUGGGCCACGAGUGGAGACCCCAGACUCCUCCAGCGAGGAGGCCUUCGGCGCUGGCCCCACAGUGAAGAGCCAGCUGCCCCAGCGGACCCCAGGGACGCGGGAGAGGGUGCGGUUCAGUGACAAAGUGCUCUACCAUGCUCUGUGCUGUGACGAUGAGGAGGGGGACGGCGAGCAGGAGGCCGAGGAGGAGGAGGUGGGCUUGCCCCCUGAGCCUGUGCAUACAGAGGCCCACGCAGGCCCCCACAAGCCCUCCCCAGCCCCCUACAAGUCACGGCGCUCUCCACUGACCAGCCACCGCUCAGGCUCUGCCUUGGCCCCCGAACAGACUCGAAGGGUCACAAGGAACAGCAGCACCCAGACAGUGUCAGACAAGAGCACGCAGACGGUGCUGCCCUACACAGCCACUAGACAGAAAGCCAGGGGGAAAAACUAGGGGCUGGGGAGGGGGCCGGGGGCGGUGGGCACAUAGAGCUAUAAAUAUAUAUAUAUAUAUAUAUAUUUAAACAAAUGAAGUCAUAAUAAAAUUUAAAAUCACUAAGGAUCUGGCCCCACAGGCCCCAGAGCUUUCACAGAGCUCCUCCUAGACACGAAGAUGCCCACUGGCCUCCUAUGUCCCAGGAAGUGUGGCCAGGACUGCCCUUCCUCCCUCCCUCCCUUCUCAUUGCAGGGCUCCUGAAGGGGGUGUCUGAAAGUAUGUAAAUCUGACGGGAGGUCUGGCCCUCCCCUUGCUAGCUCCUGAACUCCGUGGAGGAGUCUGGCUGCUGGCCAGGGCCAUGUGCUGGAGUGGACUCCCCGGCAGGAGUCGGGCUCUAAAGGGAGUGGUGUCCCUUUAGGCCAGGGCUCACAGUCAGGCUGGUUUGGAGACUGAGGACUCGGGGCCUGGGGGUGGCAUCGCUCUGGCCAGACCCUGCAUCACUUGCACCCACCCUCCUUCUACUCCAAGGCAGAUUUACCUGGGUAUACACAGCCCUGCCUCACCCCCUUCCAUCUUAGGGUUGCCUGGGACAUAGGGGCAUGGCAAGCUGGCCUCCAUGCUGGGCCGCUGGGCAUCCACAGAGCCUGGAGGAUCACCUGGGCUGGGCAGGGGUUUGUUUGGAGGGUCUGGACCCCUCCCGAUCCUUUCAGCUCCCAUUCUCAGCCUGGUCCUGAGACCAAGACCAAAGACUCAGGGCAAAGCCUCAGCCAGCAUGGCCCUAAGCAGACCGGAGUUCUGUGCGAGGAAUUAGGCAGCCACUUCCAUGGGGCUACAAAUUAGGGCCAUAGACAGGCUCCUGGCCGCCUCCAGCAGGUGGGCAUUCUCGGAAAGGAGGCCAGUGGUCCCACUCUGUGCCCACCUCUCCACCCCCAGCUCCCGAGCCCCCCUCAGCAGAUCCUGAACAAAGACGAGGCUACAGCCUAGGGGCCUCAGGGCUUCAUCUGGGGCAUGGCUGGCACAGCGACAGCAUCUGAGUAUCUUUGGGGAUAAUAAUCACAAUUAUAUUGCUCACA